GCACUGUGGACUGUGGAGUGACCUACUUAAUCUGAUGAUCGGAUCUACCUACAUCCAUGAUGGUAAUUACACCUGCUUAGCAAACAACCCUCCCGACCAGUUCCAUAUGGAUCCCUCCCCUCCAGCUUCGCUGCUGGCUUGCCUCCUUGACGACACCGACAUCUGGACGGCAACUAUCGUGGCAUUUACGAUCGUCAUCGUCUUGAUCUCCAUUUAUCACGUCCAACCCUCUGGGCCGGCAUACUGUAUGUCAUGGACUCCCUUGCAUAGUCCCCACACUCUGUCUCUCUAUCAUGUUCAAAGGCCCCGGACUAAUCCCGUGUGGCCUACUUCAGCACGCGCACCACCAGCACGCCCAUUCCAUCCCCCAUCGGGAGCAAACAAGCCAGAACGUUCUGCAAGGCAACUCUCCAUUCUUGACCUCGAAGUUUGCUAAAAGGAGGCCUGUUUGGGGGGUUGGAAGACCCGGCCAGAUACAGGAGUGGCUAAAAACAACAUCCUUUCGGGUCUUAUCGCUGUUCAGGUGCUAUCUAUCCUAUCAACGUGGCAAUAGAUAGAGAUGAAGAGACAAGGCUCGCGUCUCAGGUACUGGGCGCCUUGAGGGCAUACCGAUGCCAGUCCCUCCGGGGUGGGGUGAGAGGGACUAAACGGCAGGAGACCAGCAA